AUGUUCUCCAUAUUCAACAUCUGGGGCACGUUCAACAAUGUACUCUUCUACCUCAGCCUCCUUGUCAGCCUGGCAGGGCUGGGGGGCAACGCUCUGCUGCUCUGGCACCUUGGUCUGCACAUCAAGAAGGGCCCCUUCAACAUUUACCUGCUGCACCUGGCCGCUGCCGACUUCCUCUUCCUCGCCUGCCAGGUGGGCUUCUCUAUUGCCAACAUCGCCCUGGGCUAUGAGGACACACUCCACUUCCCGAUCAUCUUCUUGUGGUUUGCUGUGGGGCUCUGGCUGCUGGCUGCCUUCGCUGUGGACUGCUGCCUCACCUACAUGUUCCCCUCCUGUUGCGGCCCCAGCUGCCGCCCCAGGUACACCUCAGUUGUGCUCUGUCUCCUGAUCUGGGCACUGACCAUGCCGGCUGUACUACUGCCGGCCAAUGCCUGUGGACUGCUGUACAAGGGAAUGAGCUUCCUGGUCUGCCUCAGUUACCAUUGGGCCAGUGUUGUCUGGCUAGUGGUGCUGGCGGUCAUGGCCUGUGGGGCGAGCAAGAUUCUCUUAAUCUGUGGGAACUGCUGCUCUGUGCAGCCACUCCCCAAGUUCUGCAAAGUGGCCCAGUGCUCCGGGAUCCUGCUGUUCUUCUGCCGCCUGCCCAUGGUUGUCUACUGGAGCCUGCGGCCGGUCAUAAAAUUCCUGCUCCCCUUCUUCUUGCCAUUGGCCACCCUCUUAGCCUGCAUCGACAGCAGCGCAAAGCCCCUCUUGUACUACAUGAAGGGCCGGCAGCUCAGGAAGAAGGAGCCGCUGCAGGUAGUCCUAAACAGGGCUUUAGGGGAGGAGUCCCAGUCAAGCCUUGGGGGACUAUCCCUGCCUAUGAGGCAAGUGUAG